ACCAAACCCUUAUAUUUAGACAUUUGACUCUUCUUCAAUCAAAAUAUACAAGUUAAAAGAGUUUGUCAGAUUGGGAGGGAAAGGUUAAUGUGUGGUCUACCAAAUCUCACGUUCCAAAAAUGUUAUUCUCCUUGCACAAUUGGCAAAGACAAAGAGUGUCAAGAAACCCAUUCGGUUUUCUGUUUUACCUGUAAUCAACUGCUCACUUUGCCCUUAUUUUGAAAAGGAGUCAUGACCUCCCCCUUCCGAACGAAGAUUAAGCUCAACCAACUCAGGAGUUCCUCGUUGGGCGGAUUUGUCCCCAAGUUCUUUCCAGGUCCAUUAGACCAUAACCCAUAUUUUUUCUUUGAAAUGCGUGCAAUUAUAAGAGGACCCGGAUGAGUUUCUUCAUGGUUUGACAGUGGGAGCUGUCCAAAGUUUGAAUCUUUUUUUGAGUUUCUUGGUGAAAUCCCAAAUCUGGGCAGCCAUUAUUAGUCUCUCUGGACUCUGGAUCUUCACAAGAAUGGCUCCCAGUUCUGUGGUGGUCACCAUUGACAACUCCAACAAGAACAUCUCCCUGGUCGAGAUCAACGGCUCCAAUUCUCCAGCCGCCUUUCGUGACCAGCUCAAAAAGUCGGCAAAUCCGAAGACUUUCCUCGUUCUCAGAGCUCACAGAGCUCUCUCUUGCCUCCCAUGGCUAGCCAUGGCUCUGCGCUCAACUUUUUCUUCUGUCAAGAAACGCAUCGCCUUGUCCAGAAGCCGGGGCGGCGGCGGCGAGGGAGAAGAUCCCAAACACCGGGGAAAGCUUCACAGGUUUAUCAGAGCCUUUCUUGCCGUCUCCGUGGUGGCGUUGGUUCUGGAGAUUCUCGCUUAUUAUAACCGGUGGAAUUUCAGUCCCGGAGAGGUUCAUAACAUCCUGCAGUGGAGUUAUUUGUCUUGGAUGUCUUUCAGAGCCGAUUAUAUUGCCCCCUCCAUUGUUGGGCUUUCCAAGUUCUGUACUGUUCUUUUCCUCAUUCAAUCCCUGGACCGUUUGACGCUUUGCUUGGGGGGUUUCUGGAUUAAGUACAAGAAACUCAAGCCUGCAAUUGAUGAAGAUUCAUAUGAUCCAGAGGAUUCCCAGAGCUUCCCCAUGGUUCUUGUGCAGAUUCCCAUGUGCAAUGAAAGAGAGGUCUUUGCGCAAUCUAUAGGAGCAGUGUGCAAUUUGGAUUGGCCCAAGGACCGGUUUCUGGUCCAGAUUUUGGAUGAUUCAGAUGAUGAGGAUUUGCAGCAGAUGAUCAAGAAUGAAGUCUUGUCUUGGAAGGAGAAGGGAGUGAACAUAGUGUACAGACAUCGGUUGAUCAGAACCGGUUACAAAGCCGGAAACCUCAACUCGGCAAUGAUGUGUGACUAUGUCAAAGAUUAUGAGUUCGUCGCAAUCUUUGAUGCCGAUUUCCAGCCCAACCCAGAUUUCCUUAAACUGUCUGUUCCUCAUUUUAAGGGGAAUCCAGAAGUAGGAUUGGUUCAGGCAAGAUGGUCCUUUGUGAACAAGGAUGAGAAUCUACUCACAAGGCUUCAAUACAUCAACUUGUGCUUCCAUUUUGAGGUGGAGCAGCAAGUGAAUGGCCAUUUUCUCAACUUCUUCGGGUUCAAUGGGACGGCUGGGGUGUGGAGGAUCAAGGCCCUAGAGGAGUCAGGAGGAUGGCUUGAGAGGACCACUGUGGAGGACAUGGACAUCGCGGUUAGGGCACAUUUGAACGGAUGGAAGUUUGUGUUCUUGAACGAUGUUAGGGCGUUGUGCGAGCUUCCCGAGUCUUAUGAAGCUUACAAGAAGCAACAACACCGUUGGCAUUCCGGUCCUAUGCAACUCUUCCGGCUAUGCCUCCCCGCCAUUUUGACUUCCAAGAUAUCAAUAUGGAAGAAGGGCAAUCUAAUAUUCCUCUUCUUCCUUCUAAGAAAAUUGAUCCUCCCCUUUUACUCAUUUACCCUCUUCUGCAUCAUACUUCCCCUAACGAUGUUCAUCCCAGAAGCCGAACUACCGGCAUGGGUGAUCUGUUACAUCCCCAUCACCAUGUCCAUCUUGAACAUUCUCCCCUCGCCGAAAUCCUUCCCCUUUCUGGUCCCAUACCUCCUAUUCGAAAACACAAUGUCGGUCACGAAAUUCAAUGCCAUGGUCUCUGGGCUCUUUCAGCUAGGCAGUGCGUACGAAUGGGUGGUCACCAAGAAGACCGGGCGGUCGUCCGAAUCCGACCUGCUGGCUUUUGCAGAGAAAGAGUCCAAGAACCCGUCCGGGGAGAAAAUCCAGAGGCGGUUAUCCGAAUCAGGCCUGGAAAUGUAUGGGAAACUGAAGGAUCUCGACGUCCAAGCGGAGAUCGCGAAGAAGAAGAAGAAGAAGAGCAAUAGGAUUUAUAGGAAGGAGUUGACUUUGGCUUUUCUGCUACUCACAGCAGCUGCAAGAAGCCUUUUGUCUGCUCAAGGGAUACAUUUCUAUUACUUGCUGUUUCAAGGUUUGGCUUUUCUUGUGGUGGGAUUGGACUUAAUUGGAGAACAAGUGAGCUAAAGAUAAUAUGAAACAUAUAAAGAAAGAAAAAAAACAUGGGGUGGCCUCUUUAAUUUGGUCCAGCCUUUUUGCAUUUUUUUUACUUCUUGGAGUCUACUGUGUUACAGUGAGUUGAACAGCAGAUAGUUUUUUACAGGUGAAUUUAAAGAUGUAACAUACUUAUAUAUUCUUUCCUUUUUUUUACUUCUUUAUUUUCCAUUUGUGUAAUUAUAUGUACUUUUACAAUGUUAUUAUUAUUAUUCAUAAUAAUAAUGAAUCAUUUAUUUCAUGUAUAGUUCAUUUUUUGUUAUCUGUUGGGAAAGUUGCAACAUUUUGUUAUUUUGGUAAUUUUUUUUUGAGUUGGAUGAAUGGAUAAAAGCCCAUAUUUUGGGCUUGGCUUCGAACGGAAGUUCGGGCUCAAGGCCCAAACAGCGCAUUUGCUCCUAACCGCAAUUCCGCAAAUGUCGCUUUGUUGGCGGAGGAGGCCGCAGUCAUCCUUGUCGCAUUUCGCAGCGGAAAGACUUUUUCUUUAAACGCCGCUCGCCGCCGACGACUUCAGUGCUUGAAGUUCGCGCUAUAAUUCUAUUGUUUUUCGCUCCUGUAAUCUGUGAAGUUGGAGGGUGAUGUCGUUGUGGCAGAAGCAGCAACCCGUGGGAGAUGAAAAGGACGCAUUUUAUGUUGUUCGUAAGGGAAAUGUAAUUGGAGUCUACAAAAGCUUAAGUGAUCUGCAAGCCCUAAUUCGGUCUUCCGUUGGAGAUCCUUCUUUAAGUGUGUUUAAAGGGUAUUUCCUGCGCAAAGAAUCUGAAGAAUACAUUGCUUCUCGGGGGCUGAAGACUGCAAUGUACUCUGUCGAUGUUAAAGCUGUUCGAAAUGAUCUCUUUGGUUUACUUGUACCCUGCCCUUUCCGGCAACCAGGUUCUUCCAAAGAUAAACCCCUCGGCAAGGAACUUCCGGAGAAAAGGACGUUGGUAAUAUGUAAUAUGUGAUACCUCCUCUGCCCCACUGGGAAAUUCUAACUUGUAAUGCAAUUUUCACUACAAUUUAGAAAUUUUCAGCCGAACGGAGGAAGUGCUAUUAUUGUUUGAUAUUGAAUGAUGUUAUUAGCCCAUAUUUAGUGUUUAUAGCCUUACAGCAUAUUUAUAGGAACUGAGGAAUUGAUAUGAUUUUGUAUUCAACCAGUGUCUUUCCAUUAUCAGUCAUUCAUUUCAAUGCCCAAUAUCAAUAUGAGUAACCAUAUAACCUUGAAAAAAUAAUGGAGCCCCAACCAGUUCUACAUAUAGUAAAAGUGUUUUAUAGUCAAAUUUGGAACUUUCUGGUUCAUUCUGUUAUUCUCUCAAUUCAUCUAUGUAAAAUUUGCACUAAAUAGGACUAAAACAUAGGUCAUUUC